AUAUUUAAAAAAAUUCGCGAAAAAAAAAAUCAUCAGGAAAAAACGAGCCCCGGAAAUUCUGAUCUGUGUACUCACUCACUCCAAAAUCCUCAUCCUUCCUCUGUAGUAAUCUUUAAUCUACAUCGCCCGCCAUGAUCAAGUGAUUCAAUUCUCUUUCUCUCUCCUAGGGUUUUUCUCUAUUUGAUAUCUAUUCAUUAAUGGCGUCUAAGCCGUGGUUACAGCCUGCUCCAACGUACUCCCCAUUGGAUUCAUUUUGGGAUUCCGAUGAUGAUGCGCCUGGUUCUCGUUGUGGUCAUACUCUUACCGCUGUUGCUGCUUCCAAAUCUCAAGGCCCUCGUCUUAUUCUUUUUGGUGGUGCCACUGCCAUUGAAGGCGGCGCAUCUUCCUCUGCCCCUGGCAUCAGGUUAGCUGGGGUUACUAAUUCUGUUCAUUCUUAUGAUGUUCUUACUAAGAAGUGGACCAGAAUUAGACCUGCAGGCGACCCGCCUUCACCUAGGGCAGCUCACGCUGCAGCUGCCGUUGGAACUAUGGUUGUGUUUCAGGGUGGCAUAGGACCUGCUGGGCAUUCUACUGAUGAUCUGUAUGUGCUUGAUUUGACCAAUGAUAAGUACAAAUGGCACAGAGUAGUUGUCCAAGGUCAAGGACCUGGGCCUAGAUAUGGACAUGUAAUGGAUCUGGUUGCACAAAGAUUCCUUGUCACUGUCAGUGGCAAUGAUGGGAAAAGAGUUCUUUCAGACGCUUGGGUUUUGGAUACUGCUCAAAAACCAUAUGUUUGGCAAAGGCUUAAUCCUGAAGGUGAUAGACCUUCUGCUAGAAUGUAUGCUACAGCAAGUGCUCGAUCAGAUGGCAUGUUUUUGCUAUGUGGUGGAAGGGACUCAACUGGUGCGCCCCUUGCUGAUGCAUAUGGGCUGCUUAUGCAUAGAAAUGGUCAAUGGGAGUGGACUCUUGCACCUGGUGUUUCUCCUUCUCCAAGGUACCAACAUGCUGCGGUCUUCGUAGGGGCUAGAUUGCAUGUUACAGGGGGUGCUCUUAGGGGAGGACGCGCAAUUGAAGGUGAAGCAGCUAUUGCAGUUUUGGACACUGCUGCUGGAGUAUGGUUGGAUAGGAAUGGGAUGGUAACUUCGUUGAAGGUUAACAAGGGACAAACAGAAUAUGAUCCUUCUAUGGAGCUAAUGCGCCGCUGUCGCCAUGCGGCAGCUUCUGUUGGUGUUCGUAUAUAUAUUUAUGGUGGUCUUAGAGGAGAUGUUCUGCUAGACGACUUCUUAGUUGCAGAGAAUGCAGUGUCACAAUCUGAAGUUAGCUCCUCUUCACCGACACCUGAGAGAGCCUCAAGCCUGACUGGACCUCGAAUGAAUCAACCUAGUUUGAGUAUGUCAACUCCCAUACCAAUACCGGAUGGAAGACAUGAACAAAGUGUUUCAGGUUCUGGUGGUGUCAGCUUUGGUAAAAAAGCAGUGGAUAAACUUGUGGAGGCAUCUACUGCUGAAGUUGAAGCAGUCAGAACUGUCUGGCAAGCUGCUCAAGCUGCAUCUACAUCUCCCCCAGAAGAGACACCUUUGUCACAAGGCAGCACACCCACUGCAGAUACUCCUUCAGAUGGUAGUGAUACUGAUGUUGAUGUUCGUCUUCAUCCCAGAGCAGUUGUAGUUGCUAAAGAAGCUGUAGGGAACUUAGGAGGUAUGGUGAGGCAGCUAUCGCUAGAUCAAUUUGAAAAUGAGAGCAGGCGCAUGAUACCUGUCAGUAGUGACCAAACGUCUCUUGGAAAAAAGUUCGCGAGGCAAAAGUCUCCUCAGGGUUUGCAUAAGAAAGUCAUAUCUACUUUGCUCAGGCCACGAAAUUGGAAACCUCCAGUUAAUAGGAAAUUUUUCUUAGAUUCUUACGAAGUGGGUGAAAUUUGUCAUGCUGCCGAACAGAUCUUUAUGCAAGAGCCAACUGUUCUUCAGCUGAAAGCUCCAAUCAAAGUGUUUGGUGACCUCCAUGGACAAUUUGGUGAUUUAAUGCGGUUGUUUGAUGAAUAUGGAUUUCCUUCGACUGCUGGUGACAUUACGUAUAUUGACUAUUUGUUCUUGGGUGAUUAUGUUGAUCGAGGGCAGCAUAGCUUAGAGACAAUUACAUUACUUCUUGCUUUGAAGAUUGAAUAUCCUGAAAAUGUUCAUUUGAUACGAGGGAAUCAUGAAGCUGCUGACAUUAAUGCACUCUUUGGAUUUCGCCUUGAAUGCAUUGAAAGAAUGGGAGAGAAUGAUGGGAUCUGGGCAUGGACACGGUUCAAUCAGCUCUUCAAUUGUCUUCCACUAGCUGCUCUUAUUGAGAAAAAAAUUAUUUGUAUGCAUGGUGGCAUUGGAAGGUCUAUACAAGCUGUGGAACAAAUAGAGAAACUUGAGAGGCCCAUAACAAUGGAUGCCGGAUCUAUAGUUCUAAUGGAUUUGCUGUGGUCUGAUCCCACUGAAAAUGAUAGCAUAGAGGGACUGAGGCCAAAUGCUAGAGGCCCUGGUCUAGUUACAUUCGGGCCUGACCGGGUCACGGAGUUUUGUAAAAGAAAUAAACUGCAACUCAUUAUAAGAGCCCAUGAGUGCGUGAUGGAUGGUUUUGAACGAUUUGCUCAAGGCCAGUUGAUUACACUCUUCUCCGCUACUAACUAUUGUGGGACUGCGAACAAUGCUGGAGCAAUAUUAGUUAUCGGUCGUGGUUUGGUUGUAGUCCCGAAGUUGAUUCACCCCUUGCCACCCCCUAUGCAAUCACCUGAGACUUCUCCAGAACGUUCUGUAGAUGACACUUGGAUGCAGGAACUCAACAUCCAAAGGCCACCAACUCCUACUCGAGGUCGGCCUCAGCCCGAUCAUGAUCGUUAUUCACUUGCAUAUAUCUGAAGUUGGUUGUACAUUAGGCCGUUUCAUCAGCAAAAUGUGUGUGUGCCUCAUUGUGCACUUAGUUCUCGAUGUCCAAUAAAUCUACAUAUGUUUUACGAUGCUUAGUUAUACACAUUACAGUUGUGUGCAAUAAGUCUCGAUUCGAAUUAAGGUGUUUAGAUAGAGCAAAUUUCGUCCUUUGUAAAUGUAGUUUGGGCAUUGUAGAAGAGUCGGUUCCAUUUUUGUAUGGCGUAUAACCUUUGUUUUUAUAGUACCAUAGUGUAGAGCCAGGCAGUCAGGAGAUGCAUAAGAAAAGCUUUUUAUUUGAGUGUUUUAUUUAUUUUUUAAAUUUAUUGUAAUAUGAAAUUAUAUAUACAUGUAAUUAUUUUUUUUCCCUUUCCUUUAAAGGAAAAUAAGAGCAUUAUACAUUGUACACCAUUCGUUGAAUAGUUGAAUCAAUUGAAUCUGCAAGAAACUUCGCACAUGAUUGAUGCAAUUACGAGCGACCGACUAUUUGAAUCAAAUCAUAUUUAUGCAUAUUUGUAGGAUCAUACGAAUCGUAUUAAUUUUACUGAUUUUGAUCCUACUUCUCAACGAUGCUAAGUAGAAUUCGAUCCUAACAACCUUGAGCACAAAAGUUGCAUUGUUUUGCUUUGCAAGUUAUUCAUUGUCUCCGCCCUGAACCAUGAUGAAAUUCGUUUUGCUUCAACUUAACUUUUUUAAGGAUUGUGGCUUUUGCCAUUGUAAUCUUUAGAAUGUUCUCUUUGAUUGUGCCCUAACUAUAUGAUGUUAUAUUUAU